GGGCGCCCUCCGGAACACGGUGCGUCCUCACGGAAGGGGCCCUGCUCUUCCAGGAAGAGAUGUCCGGAGAGACAGUGGUGAGCACCGCAGUGCCAGCAGCCACAACUCGCACCACCUCCUUCAAAAGCGGCAGUCCGAGCUCCAAGUAUGUGAAGCUGAACAUCGGCGGGGCUCUGUACUACACCACGAUGCAGACGCUGACCAAGCAGGACACCAUGCUGAAGGCCAUGUUCAGCGGCCGGAUGGAGGUCCUCACGGACAGCGAAGGCUGGAUUUUGAUAGAUCGGUGCGGCAAGCAUUUUGGAACCAUCUUAAACUACCUCCGCGACGGUGCUGUGCCCCUUCCGGAGAGCCGGCGGGAGAUUGAGGAGCUGCUGGCCGAGGCCAAGUACUACCUGGUCCAGGGCCUGGUGGACGAGUGCCAGGCUGCCCUCCAGAACAAAGAUGUCUAUGAGCCUUUCUGCAAAGUGCCCAUUAUCACUUCCUCCAAGGAAGAACAGAAACUUAUAGCCACUUCUAACAAGCCAGCGGUUAAAUUGCUAUAUAACAGAAGCAACAACAAAUAUUCCUAUACCAGCAAUUCCGAUGACAACAUGCUGAAAAACAUUGAGCUGUUCGACAAGCUCUCUCUGCGCUUCAACGGGAGAGUCCUUUUCAUCAAAGACGUCCUCGGGGACGAGAUCUGCUGCUGGUCGUUUUACGGGCAGGGCCGCAAGAUCGCGGAAGUGUGCUGCACCUCGAUUGUGUACGCUACUGAGAAGAAGCAGACCAAAGUUGAAUUCCCAGAAGCCCGAAUCUACGAGGAAACCUUGAACAUCCUGCUUUACGAAGCCCAGGAUGGCCGGGGCCCGGAUAACGCACUGCUGGAGGCUACCGGAGGGGCAGCAGGCCGCUCCCACCACCUGGAUGAGGAUGAGGAGCGAGAGCGCAUUGAGAGGGUCCGCCGGAUCCAUAUCAAGCGCCCCGAUGAUCGCACUCACCUGCACCAGUGAGCGGGUGCCACAGAUGCGCCCCAUCUCCUUCUAUUUCCACCAGGGUCUGGCUUGUUACCAGGCAUUGGAUAUUCCACAGAACUCUCAUUUUAUACUUAAUUAGAGUAUUUUUGGUAUUUAACAAUGUAGCAAAUUGUACUCUAAUAGGUUGUCCACUGAGACCAAGGCUGCCAGUGACCAUUUGGGGUCAAGGUCUUGACUUUCCAGCACUUCUGAAUUCCUGUUUUGAGCUUAGAGAAAACACCUCUUUUGGUAAAUGUGCAACCUCUGCUUGGGUUUACCCUCUCAGCUGAGUCCAGUCGUUCAGGCAGGGGAGAUUUCUCCUCUCAGAAGUUCGGAGGGGCUGCUGCUUCAUUCGUGGGGAUGAAAGCUGUGGCAGAUCCUCUUUGCCACCAAGGGAGGGGAUGGGAAAGGUGCCUGCCAGGUGACGUGUUACAUCUUGUGUUGUAGGAGGAAAAUAGCUGUAGGACCAGGCCAGAACAUUCAGUGAACCCACCAAGCUUGCUUCUCUUUUUUCCCCAAGGGUGCUGUUCUCAUCUUUGCUUCAGUGUCCAGAGAAAUGUAGAUGCUGCAAAGGCCACCAUGUGGCCUUUCUUUCUCCUUCCCCACCUCCCCGUUCACGAGUCCUAUCUUCUGAUCCAAGACCAGAGCCUUCCCCUUGCAAGCAAUUACCCUUUUGUGGUGUCCGCAUCUGAUUAGGUCUCCAUUCGAGGCACACAUUCUGGGACCAGCAUGCUCGCUCGAGCUGUACCGGGUAAUUUAGAAGCUGUUUUGCAGAUAGGUGGUUCUCUAAAGUUCUGAGGCCCUGGGGUGAUUAUGAACAGGUAGUGAGACUCCAUAGGCAUCUUCUCUUUGUCCCUUGUAGUUCAGAAGAGGCCCUAAGGUGCCUUGGUUUGGGAACGGUGCCUAGGAACUGCAGGGGUUCAAUACAAUAUGCCAUUCCCGGCCUCCCACCUAGGGACCCCGUAGUCCAUCUCCCCACGAAGGCCCUGUGCAGAUGAGAAGGUGCUUGGGUUGUAGGAAUCUACAGAAUCAAUCUUGAUGCAUCGGUUGGGAUGAGAAGGCCCUUUUUCCUCCUUUCUUUAAUCUACUUCUGCAGUAUCUCUCCUAUCAUUUCUUUCCUAGCAGAAAUCUUAUGUGUCAUUUGGAGUGUAAGUAGCAAGAUGCCCAAAGAUCAAGUUGUGACUGGUGGUGGAAAUCAGUGAGUUAAGAUGUUCUGCAAAGUGUUCACAGGCUGCAGACCAAAGUCCAGAUUAGCUUAUUCCCAUUUCCAUUUAGGAAAAAGGGUGUUUGGUUUUAUUCCGUGCGUUUCAGAGUUUAGCGGGAUAAACCAGAGUAGCCAAAAAGCAACUGUUGAGAGAAGCUGCAAGCCAAAACGGUAUCGUGUUGGUAGUUGGGUGGAUCCUUUUCCGCCUAUUGCACCCUCCCUGAGAUAUUUAUUUUCCAAAGUUGCACUUGAACUCUGAUCCUCAGUGGCCUGAUAGGGAAACGUGUUCAGUAAUUUGGCAACCUUAAUCUAUUACAAUUCCAUUUGGUUCUGAGUUUUGCGUCUCAAAAACCUUAAGAAAAUCAUUAAUACACGGUUAAUGUCUCUUAUGUCGGACAGUAACAGCUAUACAAUAUAUACCCUUUUUUAUCAUAGUACUAAAAUCAGUGUUUCAGAGACGAGGAGGAACGCUUUGGGGACUUAGCACAAGGGAAAACUAGUGGGCCACUCCUGGGAAGCCCCCGUUCGCCUUGCUGCUCUUUCUCAGCAAACGCCACCCUGUGACCUGGGCAGGGAUGCAGUUCUCAUGUUGCCCACCCAAACCUCGUGGGCUCUUCCACUAACUUGGCUGCCUCCUGCGUUUUGGCUGCCGUCUCAGAAAGCUGCGGAGCCAGGCCCAGAGGAAGGGGUGGGGCGCCACUGGCUUCCUCUUUCUGGCUGCUUCGAAAUGCUCUUCGAGAGAGGGAGGGGCUCUUGGCCCAGGCUGAAUAGCUUAAAAGGAAGGGAGCCGCCUUGCUGCUGAGCCCUGAAACGGUCAGGGAGGAAAGGGGACCAGGAUGGAAAUGUUGGGGGGAAUGACCAGGAGCCCAACCCCAAGAAAGAGCAGCUGCAAACUUCCAUUUCUUUAACCUGCUGGGGAGGCUUUCGCAUUAGGCUCAUUUUUAACUCCUCUUGACCAGCCCCCCAGUGAAGUGCAAGAACGGACACGCGUGCCUGCCUCUUGUUUCGAGACUGUCCUCAUGCAUUCCUGGGAGGCAAGUCGCAAAACGAUUUUGGCCAAAGAAAAAGGUUGCCCCAACUCGGCAGUGCCUUGGCUUUCUGGCUGCAAGGCGGCGGAAAGUCUCGUGAACCGCAGACAGGUUGAAGAACAAGCGCCAACCCCUCCCAGGCCCACCUGCUCCAACGCUACCUGCGGCUUAAAGUCAAGCCUGGCCUGUUCAUGGCCAUCUUGAAGGGGCCCUGCUCCAGCCGUGUGGGUGUCUUGUCUGGGCAGCGUUACCGCCUCCUUCCCACUGACCUUUUCUUUCUUUCUUCUGUUUAUGUAGCUGGUAUGCAUUUGACACAGAUUUUAAAUAUGGAAAAUAAAUUAGACAUGUUUCCCAUU